CCGCCCCCCUCCGGCUCCGGGCAGCGCGGGGCCGCGCGGCCGCCCCCGAGGAUGUUUAACCGGGCCGUGAGCCGGCUCAGCAGGAAGCGCCCGCCGUCAGAGAUAAAUGACAGCGAGGGUCACCCAAGCAGCAGCCAUCAAACCUUGAAAGGAACCUCAAAAUGGGCUACAUCACUGGAGAACCUCCUUGAAGAUCCAGAAGGAGUGAAACGAUUUAGGGAAUUUUUAAAGAAAGAAUUUAGUGAAGAAAAUGUUUUGUUCUGGCUAGCAUGUGAAGAAUUUAAGAAAACACAGGGGAAAAAACAGAUGCAAGAAAAAGCUAAAGAAAUUUAUAUGACUUUCCUGUCCAGUAAAGCUUCCUCCCAAGUCAAUGUUGAAGGGCAGUCCCGUUUGAAUGAGACCAUUUUGGAGACACCUCACCCUCUCAUGUUUCAGAAGCUCCAGGACCAGAUAUUCAAUCUCAUGAAAUAUGACAGCUACAGCCGCUUCUUAAAGUCAGAGAUAUUCCUAAACCAUAAGAAGAGCGAGGAGCAAGAGGAGAAUUCACCAGAGGCUCAGACUGCAGCUAAAAGAGCAUCAAGAAUUUACAACACAUGAUACAAUGAAUCUCUUAAGGAGAGGCAAUACAAUAACUAAAUUACACUCAGGAACAGUCUAGGUUUAUGGCAGUUGCAUUUAGGGCUUGAAAAGCUCAAAACCUUUUUAGGAGAUACUUACCUUCUUAAUUGCUUGAACGACUAAUUGUUUUUGCAUGAUAGCUAAUAACCAAGCACCCAUGGGAAGGCUGUUUCCUAGCUAAAAGGCUGAGAUAUUUCUCCAUAGCAUGAAUUGCAUUUCAUAUUUUACAAGUUAAAAGGCUUUCAAUUUUUGUAUUUUCUUUUGUGAGACACCAUGAUGAUGAGAAAUGGGAGAUAGGUUGGUUGGUUUUUUUAUUUUUGCCUUGUAAUUUUUAUUUGUGACCGGAUUUUACAUCCUGAAUUGCUGGGAGAAGCUACUGAGGAGUACAUUUCACGUUACUUUGUGGAUGAGUCAUUCAUAGCAAACUUAAUCAUGAAGGGACAGCAUCUUUCAGGGUUAAGCUCAAUCGAAUCCAAUCCCUUCCUCUGUAACUUUGUUCUUUCAAGGUGCUAUCUGUUUUGCUUUGCCUUUAUUUUUUAAUCAAAACACUUCUCUAAUCAUGAUUUUAAUUUCUGUAUUUCUUAAAUUUCCCCUGGUUUUUUUGCGGUAGACAAUCACCUUCUUCAGAGGAUGGAAUAACCUGU